AUGGACCAUAAGAAGGAAUAUUUACUUAACUUCAAAGGCUAUAAUUUUGAAAGAUCUUUAGUUAAAAUGAACAUAGUGGAAAAUAUGGAUAAUCAAGAAAUUAGAGAUGAUGAUGUCUUCCUAGUCACAUUUCCAAAAUCUGGUACCAUCUGGACUCAACAGAUCCUCAGCUCGAUUUUUUUUGAGGGCCACCGAAACAGUACUGAAAAUGUCCAAACCAUGGACAGAAUACCAUUCUUUGAGUACAAUAUUCAUAAUUUUGACUUUACCAAAAUGCCAUCACCACGCAUCUUUGCUUCCCACCUCCCAUAUUAUUUAGUACCAAAAGCUCUCAAGAACAAGAAAACCAAAAUUCUUUAUGUCUACAGAAAUCCUAAAGAUAUUUUGACCUCCUAUUUUCAUUUUACAAAUUUGAUGGCUAACUUUGAAGCUGCAAAUUCUAUGGAAAGUUUUAUUCAAAAGUUUCUAGAGGGGAGAGUGGUGGGAAGCUGUUGGUUUGACCACAUCAGAGGCUGGUAUGAACACAGACAUGACUUCAAUAUUAUGUUUCAGAGCUAUGAAGAUAUGAAGAAGGACCUCAGAAGCUCAGUGAUUAAAAUCUGCAGUUUUCUGGAGAAAAAGCUGAGUGAUGAGGAUGUGGAUGCUGUUGUGAGACAAUCUAUGUUUCAGAACAUGAAAUCUGACCCACGAGCAAAUUAUGAAGAUAUUAUAAGAAAUGAAAUUGGGACAAGAAAUGAUGAGGGAAAAUUCCUCCGCAAAGGUACCAUCGGAGACUGGAAACAUCACUUGACUGUGGAUCAGAAUGAAAGAUUUGACAAAAUAUUCUACAAGAACAUGAAAAACAUUCCCUUAAAGUUCAUCUGGGAUAUAAAUGAGGAGUAG